AUGGAAGCCCCGAAGGCAGUAAAAAAGCGCAAGUUCACAGACAAGGCGCUACCUUCCUCAGUCCUGCACUCUGGCGAAUUCACGGACUCGAAGUUCUAUCAACAACUUCUCGACAUGGAGAGGAAGCUAGACUGGAGCAUGUCUCGCAAGCGGGCUGAGAUACAGGAUGCUCUAGGAAAACAGUCUGCAACAACCCGAACUCUACGAAUAUUCCUCAGCCACACAGUCUCAGAUCAAGCAUGGCAGCUCGCGGGAAAUCAGCCCGGAGAAAUGCCAAACUUUGAAGCGGGGCAAGGCAUACCCUCAUGGGCGUUCAAGAUCGAAGGCAGGCUACUGGAACCGUCGGGUCGUUCAAGAGACAAAGCUACGCAGAAACACCUCUCUAACUUUGUCAAACACCUCGUCGUCGACCUGGAACGUGACACAAAUGUAUAUCCUGAUGGCAACACUGUCGAGUGGCGACGUCCACAAGCCCUCCCUCAAGCAGGUCCACCACCCGUAGACGGCUUCACAGUCCGCCGAACAGGCGACCAACCAACAAAAGUCCGCGUAAUGAUGUACAUCGAACACUACCCCGAUCAAUUCAAAGUCCACCCAGAGCUAGGCGCACUCCUCGACAUAAAAGAAGACAGCCGAGUCGGAAUCGUCACCGCACUAUGGAACUACAUCAAGCUCAACAACCUGCAAGAUAAGGUGGACCGACGGGUAAUUAGGUUGGAUAAUAGGCUGAAGGCGCUCUUCCACACGGAAAAUGUAUCAUUCCAACAACUCCCUGAACUCGUAAACCACUACUUCCAACCCCCAGACCCAAUCGUCCUCUUCUAUCACAUCAAACCAAACGAACCACCCCCGACCACACCUCAAGCAUUCGACAUCGAAGUCAAAGUCGAAGAUACAUCUCUAAAAAGUCGCCAGAACCAAGUAAUAGUCAACAUGAGCAGCGAGACCGCGCGGGACAUCGCCAAGAAUGACGAAGAAACCGCACUCCUCGCCCAACAAAUUCAGAAUUCACAACUCAAGCGCACAUUCCUUGAAGCUUUCGCAGAUGAUCCCGCCGACUUUAUCAACAAAUGGCUUGCAUCCCAGUCACGCGAUUUAGAAUCGGUGCUCGCCGCUGGACCUAGCGAGGGUCUUACUGUACGCGAGGAGGAACUUAAGCGCAGCGAGUUCUUCAGGCUUCCUUGGGUUGAAGAGGCUGUAGCUGUCCAGGAGGGACUACGGUUAGCUAGUCGAAGUCAUGGAAUUGCGUAG